AUGCCUGAGGCCAAGAAGUGGCGAUCUGGGUCGAGGGAAAGGCAAGGUCUCUCCUGGGAGCACCCCGAGGCGGGGUCGCCCCUGGACAGCAGAGGAGCUGACAGCACAGGCCAACACAACGAAAAUUCUUACAGGGAAGUCACCUUUGUGGCCCAGGGCGCUCAUUCCACAAGAUUCCACGGAGACCUGCAGCCCGCCCAGAAUGAUGGGGCCCUAGAGGGGAUCGAAGCUGUCAGCUGCCAGGUUCUGCCUGACUCCGAAGCCAAUCCCUCCGCGAGACCUGGAAGUGAACAAAGCUCUUUGUGCUUUCAGGGCACCUCAACCUCUGGGAAACUGAAAGUGCUGCUCUGCGACCAAGCCCUGUGGCUCCAGUUUUCCAGGCAGCAGAAUGAAAUGAUCCUCACCAAGCAAGGCCGAGCCAUGUUCCCCUCUCUGGCUUACCAAGUCCAGGGAAUGGACCCCAGUGCCCUUUACCACAUCUUUGUCGAAGUGGAACCCAUUGACAAAUACCACUGGCGAUAUGAGCAGGGGCAAUGGCUCCCAUAUGAAGAAGACAAAGAAGAGGAAGAGGAUACUCUGCCAGGCAACCACUUCUAUCAACACCCGGACUCCCCCAGGACUGGGGCCCACUGGAUGCACAGGGAGAUAUCCUUUAAGAAUCUCAAGCUCACCAACAAGAAGACAGCUGGCAAGAAUGGCAGCCAGGCCCCGAUCUUAUUGAAGUCUUGCCACAAAUACCAGCCCAGGCUCCACAUUGAAGAGGUCAGAGAUGGAAAGCAGCACAUGCCUGUUUCCUCCUCCUUGAGCCACACCUUCACCUUCCCAGGCACAGAGUUUAUUGCUGUGACCGACUACCAAAACUCUGAGAUCACACUCCUCAAGAUUCAAAACAAUCCCUUUGCCUCUGCUUAUAGAGAAGGAGGCUCCAGACCUGGAAAAAGCUUCAAGAAAGUUCCUGCAGCUGGAAAACGCAGGGUAUCUAAGUCGUCUCGACCAGCUUUGUUGGUUUCCAACUAUUCCAAAGCCAAUUGCUCCAUGAGACCAGGAAGUGAACAAAGCUCUCUGUGCUUUCAGGGCAUCUCAACCUCUGGAAAACUGAAAGUGCUCCUCUGCAACCACACCCUGUGGCUCCAGUUUUCCAGGCAGCAGAAUGAAAUGAUGCUCACCAAGCAAGGCCGAGCCAUGUUCCCCACUCUGGCUUACCAAAUCCAGGGAAUGGACCCCAGUGCCCUUUACCACAUCUUUGUCGAAGUGGAACCCAUUGACAAAUACCACUGGAGAUAUGAGCAGGGGCAAUGGCUGCCUUAUGAAGGAGACAAAAAAGAGGAAGAGGAUACUCUGCCAGGCAACCACUUCUAUCAACACCCGGACUCCCCCAGGACUGGGGCCCACUGGAUGCACAGGGAGAUAUCCUUUAAGAAUCUCAAGCUCACCAACAAGAAGACAGCUGGCAAGAAUGGCAGCCAGGCCCCGAUCUUAUUGAAGUCUCACCACAAAUACCAGCCCAGGCUCCACAUUGAAGAGGUCAGAGAUGGAAAGCAACACAUGCCUGUUUCCUCCUCCUUGAGCCACACCUUCACCUUCCCAGAAACAGAAUUCAUUGCUGUGACCGCCUAUCAAAACUCUGAGAUCGCUCGCCUCAAAAGUCAAAACAAUCCAUUUUCCCCUGCUUAUCGAGGAGGAGGCUCCCUGCUUCCUCCAUCUGGAGAAGGCAGUGGAUCCACCUCUUCUCCACCAACUUUGGUGGUUUCCAACUAUGCCAUCCAGGUCCAAGAGGGCCCUGGCCAAGAUGAGGACUGUGAUUUGUGUCAUAGCUCCCAGCCACCCUUGGGGCAUCCCCAUGACUCCAGGGAUACAAGCAGCAUCACCAGCAUGGCCUUGCCCUUAUCCAUGGAAGUUCAGAACCCUGACCUUGUGCUCUGCUCAUCUCCAAAAGCAGUGUCUUGCCACCCCAGCCUGGAUACCCCUACCACCCAAGGGAAGUGGACACCUUCCCUCUCAACUUGCACCUCCAAUGGAAACAGUGUGGAGUGUUUCCUCUCUGAGAUUCCAAAACUCCAACCCUCAAGCCCUGAGACCUGGGAAGUAGAAAGGCCUCAAGAGCAAGUCUGCUCCUCCAGAUCCAGGUCCCCUUCAGAUUUCUCAGAUCAGUGUCCAAAGACCUAUAAGAAGAGAUGCUUGUCUGCUGUGGACUCAGCCAAGGAUUCCUUGGCCUCAGCACCAAAUACCUGGGGACAAGUAUAUCAGUGCCUUCUAGGGGGAGAAUCCAGUGGCAAUACCUCCCAAGAAGCUGUUUGUGAAGGCUCCUGCUAUCCAAUGGGUCUGCAAGAGGAGACCAGUCAAACGAAGGAAAAGGUGAUCCCCACUCCCUGGUAUUCCUUCCAGAAGACCAAGGCACCUUUGCACCAUCCCUUUGAUUCCACUGACAGUGGCAGUCAGAUUUUGUCAAUUGACCUGCAUGCCAGGAACCCUAGCCUUCUACAGUACAUUGGUUUUUCUGAGAGCAAGAAGCCAGAAAAUGGGUUAAGCUAUGGGCAGGGGAACUCCUUGCACCAACCCAAACCCUGGUCCCUGCUGGACACCAAAGAUGCUGAAAGCACCUACACAUGCAGUGGUGAGUACUCAGAUGGAAGAGUCCCCAAGGUAUCUAGGAUGGUCCGCCCACCUGCCAGCCCCAGGAGUUUGCAACCAGUCCAGAAUGACAGGGCCCUAGAGGGGAUCCAAGCUGUCAGCUGCCAGAUUCUGCCUGACUCCGAAGCCAAUCCCUCCGCGAGACCUGGAAGUGAACAAAGCUCUUUGUGCUUUCAGGGCACCUCAACCUCUGGGAAACUGAAAGUGCUGCUCUGCGACCAAGCCCUGUGGCUCCAGUUUUCCAGGCAGCAGAAUGAAAUGAUCCUCACCAAGCAAGGCCGAGCCAUGUUCCCCUCUCUGGCUUACCAAGUCCAGGGAAUGGACCCCAGUGCCCUUUACCACAUCUUUGUCGAAGUGGAACCCAUUGACAAAUACCACUGGCGAUAUGAGCAGGGGCAAUGGCUCCCAUAUGAAGAAGACAAAGAAGAGGAAGAGGAUACUCUGCCAGGCAACCACUUCUAUCAACACCCGGACUCCCCCAGGACUGGGGCCCACUGGAUGCACAGGGAGAUAUCCUUUAAGAAUCUCAAGCUCACCAACAAGAAGACAGCUGGCAAGAAUGGCAGCCAGGCCCCGAUCUUAUUGAAGUCUUGCCACAAAUACCAGCCCAGGCUCCACAUUGAAGAGGUCAGAGAUGGAAAGCAGCACAUGCCUGUUUCCUCCUCCUUGAGCCACACCUUCACCUUCCCAGGCACAGAGUUUAUUGCUGUGACCGACUACCAAAACUCUGAGAUCACACUCCUCAAGAUUCAAAACAAUCCCUUUGCCUCUGCUUAUAGAGAAGGAGGCUCCAGACCUGGAAAAAGCUUCAAGAAAGUUCCUGCAGCUGGAAAACGCAGGGUAUCUAAGUCGUCUCGACCAGCUUUGUUGGUUUCCAACUAUUCCAAAGCCAAUUGCUCCAUGAGACCAGGAAGUGAACAAAGCUCUCUGUGCUUUCAGGGCAUCUCAACCUCUGGAAAACUGAAAGUGCUCCUCUGCAACCACACCCUGUGGCUCCAGUUUUCCAGGCAGCAGAAUGAAAUGAUGCUCACCAAGCAAGGCCGAGCCAUGUUCCCCACUCUGGCUUACCAAAUCCAGGGAAUGGACCCCAGUGCCCUUUACCACAUCUUUGUCGAAGUGGAACCCAUUGACAAAUACCACUGGAGAUAUGAGCAGGGGCAAUGGCUGCCUUAUGAAGGAGACAAAAAAGAGGAAGAGGAUACUCUGCCAGGCAACCACUUCUAUCAACACCGGGACUCCCCCAGGACUGGGGCCCACUGGAUGCACAGGGAGAUAUCCUUUAAGAAUCUCAAGCUCACCAACAAGAAGACAGCUGGCAAGAAUGGCAGCCAGGCCCCGAUCUUAUUGAAGUCUCACCACAAAUACCAGCCCAGGCUCCACAUUGAAGAGGUCAGAGAUGGAAAGCAACACAUGCCUGUUUCCUCCUCCUUGAGCCACACCUUCACCUUCCCAGAAACAGAAUUCAUUGCUGUGACCGCCUAUCAAAACUCUGAGAUCGCUCGCCUCAAAAGUCAAAACAAUCCAUUUUCCCCUGCUUAUCGAGGAGGAGGCUCCCUGCUUCCUCCAUCUGGAGAAGGCAGUGGAUCCACCUCUUCUCCACCAACUUUGGUGGUUUCCAACUAUGCCAUCCAGGUCCAAGAGGGCCCUGGCCAAGACAAGGACUGUGAUCUGUUUCAUGGCUCCCAGCCACCCUUGGGGCAUCCCUAUGACUCCAGGGAUACAAGCAGCAUCACCAGCAUGGCCUUGCCCUUAUCCAUGGAAGUUCAGAACCCUGACCUUGUGCUCUGCUCAUCUCCAAAAGCAGUGUCUUGCCACCCCAGCCUGGAUACCCCUACCACACAAGGGAAGUGGACACCUUCCCUCUCAAUUUGCACCUCCAAAGGAAACAGUGUGGAGUGUUUCCUCUCUGAGCUUCCAAAGCCCCAACCCUCAAGCCCUGAGACCUGGGAAGAAGAAAGGCCUCAAGAGCAAGUCUGCUCCUCCAGAUCCAGGUCCCCUUCAGAUUUCUCAGAUCAGUGUCCAAAGACUUAUAAGAAGAGAUGCUUGUCUGCUGUGGACUCAGCCAAGGAUUCCUCCUAG